ACAUCACCAAAAUAACACAAUAAAAACAAAUCAAAAUCAUUUCUCUUCAUUUAAAUUUCAAAAUCCCUAAUCUUUUUUCUAUUUUUCUUCAAAAAUGUCUGGUAGGGGUAAAGGAGGCAAAGGAUUGGGAAAAGGAGGAGCAAAGAGGCACAGAAAAGUAUUGCGUGACAACAUUCAAGGAAUUACUAAGCCUGCAAUUAGACGUUUGGCACGUAGGGGUGGUGUGAAGCGUAUUUCUGGAUUGAUUUAUGAAGAGACACGUGGGGUGUUGAAGAUAUUCUUGGAAAAUGUGAUUCGUGAUGCUGUGACUUAUACUGAGCAUGCUAGGAGAAAGACUGUUACGGCUAUGGAUGUUGUUUAUGCUUUGAAAAGGCAAGGAAGGACACUUUAUGGAUUUGGGGGUUAGGUUUUGUAAAAUUAGGGGUUUGUUGGCUAAUGAAUGUAGAUUUGUUUUUUUUUUUUUGUUCUUUUUGGGCGUGGAUUAAGAUUUUUAGUUUUCUUUUGUGCUUGAUUAUGUAAUUUCUGUUACGUAUUCAAGGAAUAGAAAUUUGCUUAGUCCUUAUUUCUGUUA